CUCUCUUUGUUAUUCAUUAAAUCCCCUUUAAUAUCUUCCCCUACAAAAACCCUUGAUUCUUUUCGGAUUUCAGUUACAAGCAAUCCCAAUGGAGAACAAUAAUGAUCCAAGAUCGAUGAGAGAACAGUUUGACCGGAUGUUCAUCGGUCAAAACCCUACAAACCCAUUUGCGCCGUCAUCUUCCACCGUGAACGGCGGAACCCUCGGUCAAGAUCACCUCUACAGCCACCAACAGCCACUAGUGAACACCACUAAUGGGUUUCCGUUCAUGAACAAGGAACAAAGACGGCUGCCGGUGGCGAUGGGUAGUCACCACUUGGGAGCCAAUCCUGUCCGUUCGAUUCUUGAUUAUUCUGAUAGGUUUCCGGCGUUGUCGCCGGAGUUAUGUGAGUUUUAUCACCCUGAUCAGUUGCAUUGUGUUGGUAAUAUUCAUCCGGCGGCUGCUGGUUUUGAUAAUCAAUCAUCUUAUGGUUUUCUUGAAACCCUAAAUGACCGGAAUCUUGAAUUCAAUUUCAACCGGCUUAACUUAUCAUCCCCUAACCACCAUCCACAGCCUCUCUUGGCCUCUACUCCACCCAUACCCAGUUUCCUGAACAGCCCGGUUCCAACUCCGGUUAACCGGAACAACAUUCGAUGCCAAGAUGCUUGUUGCAAUCCACAUGGUGCCCGGAGAGAUAACCGUGUGUUGAGUUCUAGGAACUUCGGUAAUGUUCUUGAUGUUCCAAACCCUAUUAGCAGUCGGCUUCUUGAUCAGUCGAGGCAGCAACCAAAGCGAGCCAAGUUUCCGGCAUCGUUGAAAGAGUUAAGAGGGAAGAUUUGUAUGGUGGCUAAAGAUCAAGAAGGUUGUCAGUUUUUGCAGACUAAGUGUGAAGGAGGAAAGCCUGAAGAUAUUGAGAUGAUUUUUAAUGAGAUUAAGGAUCAUAUUUUUGAACUCAUGACUGAUGCAUCAAUGAAUUAUCUUGCUCAGAAGUUGUUUAAAGUGUGUAAUGAGAGGCAGAUGACACAUAUUGUUGUUUCUGUGAUAAGUGAUGAUAACAAUCUCACCAAUAUUUGCCUCAAUUCUCAUGGGUAUGGGUAUUAAUUUAGUUGUUUAUUUUGCAUAUCUUUAUGAGUUAGAAGGAGCACUAAUGGUUAUUGUUUCAGGACUAGAGCAAUGCAGAAACUGAUUGAGCUUCUCAAAAGCGCAGAAGAUCGCUCUUUGAUGGUAUCGGCACUUAGAAGGAUCACACUUACAUUGACAAAAAAUACAAAUGGUCACCAUGUUAUUCAACAUUGCUUGAAAUCCUUCAAUGUUGAUGAAGUCCAGCCAAUUCUCAAUGUGGUUGCCGACAACUGUCUAGACAUUGCUACCGAUAAGAGUGGAUGUUGCGUGUUACAACUGUGUGUCUUACACGCGGAUGAAGCAUCUAAAGAGCGCCUAAUGACUGAAAUCAUAGAGAAUGCACUUGAUUUAUCUGAACACCCAUAUGGGUUUGUU